AUGUUCACGAAUAACGGACAAGUACUACAAAACGAAAUACCGAAGUAUUAUCUAUCGGAUGAGGAUCCGAAGUAUGAAAUACCUGGAAGUGUUAUGGAUGGGAUUAUUUUAGAUGUGAAUGAACCUCAAUAUAAAGUGUCUAAGACCAGAUGGCUAAUGCUAGGAUUUUUCGUAAUGUACUCGGCGUCGAAUGCGCUGCAAUGGACUCAGUAUACGAUAAUUUCUGAUAUCGUUGUGAACUACUAUGGCGUGACCAGUAAAGUUGUGUCUUGGACUUCAAUGGUCUAUAUGAUUGCGUAUGUGCCUUUGAUAUUUCCGGCGAGCUGGCUCUUGGAUAAAACGUGUUGGGCUUCAGCGAAUCUCAUCCCUGAAGUCGUAGGUUCGAUCCCCGCCUGUGCACCAACGGUGAAGGAAAGCAGCGUGAGGAAACCGACUUGCCUUUGA